AUGCCUCUCACUUCACCCGCCAAUUCCAACAAAACCGUGAAUCACAAGCUCACUCAACCCUCUGGCGAAAUUGACAUGGCGUCCGCUGCAGACAUUUAUAAUGACGACUUAAACAUAGCUCACGCCGUCCUACUGAAAAAUCAACAGCAGUUCAUCAUCAGGUCGAUAUUCUCAUGGCUGCCAGUCCUGUCCGUUGGCCGCCACCUGUUGACACUGCCGCUGUUCUGCACAAUCAUCCUGUUCCAGCUGGCAAUCCUUGCCGUUGUGAAAAAUGGCCUUGUUCGAAACUCUUGCCGGAGAAUGGCGAAAACGAAGCCGACGUCGCUCGAUGGCCGAAGCCAAAAGCUCUCAAAGCCGGCGUGGAAACCCAAAGACCAAGCCGGGCCCAGCCUGAAGCCGGCAUCUCCUCCCAAGACAAAUCCGUGGAAUCGACGCCCGACUCCGGCAGCAUCCGACCACCAAGAUUCCACAAAGUCUGUACCGCUGGCGACUGAAGAGUUUCCCCAGCUGAGCUCUUCUGGGGGCGCCACCGGCACUGCGGCUGGCGAAAAGGCAGAGGUAGAGACACAGACACAGACAGAGGCAGAUACAGAGACAGAGGUUCAGGCAUCUCCGUUGUGCGAUGAAUCCAAAUCAAGUUCCUCGACAACCGAAUCGCAAUCUGAAGAGUCCAGAUCUGGCGUUUCUCGACUCAGCACGCCGACGAGGUUGAUCCUGGAAGAGGCCGCAGAUCAAGCUGCCAAAAUCCUCUGGAGACAUCCCUUUGGCUCAAACGUCUACUUGUACGUGGAAAGCAGCGUGUUUCAACUGCACCGCGAUAUCCUCACGCGACGCUCCGGAUGGUUUCGCAACAAGCUUCCUCCACCAAACCAGGAUGGAUCCCCCAUCGAGAUACAUCUACCACAUGCCAUCGGAGCGGUGCAGCCGUGCCUUUUCUUCAUGUACACCAAGAACCUCGACAUCUGUGAGAGAGACGUGAAUCAGCCGCUCAACUUUAUACAUCUUCCGCGAUGCGUCCUUGCUUAUUGCGCAGCAGUCAACUUCCAGAUUCCUGCAAUGGCAUCGCGCAUUCUGUCCAUCCUCGAAGACACCACCAAGGAUGUCUCUAAAUACCUCAAUACCUACUACAUCUACAAGGAAAUGGACUGCAAAACCAGCAGGUCUAUUGCAGCCCACUUUAUCAACUCUCUGGAUAUCCUGUAUUCAGAACCGCUAUUCGAGCUCAUGAAGCCGAUGCGACACGCCCUUGCCGGCCUCCUCGACGCAUUGCUUCCGUCACUGCUUCGCCAGCCAUAUUUCCCUGAACUGUUAAGCAUGCCCUCAUGGAAACGGUGGUCAGCCGCCAUUGCUGCCGACCAGGUCGAGUACCGAAGUGCCAUCGGCCAUUACCGGUCGCCGACAGAGUCCAUCUUGCCGAGUGAGCUUGAGCUAGAAGCGUUAUUCGAUCGUGUGCUGGGACAAUAUGAUCGGUGCCACAUAAACAAAUACAACGGGGGAAGCCCUUCUAGAGAAGAUCCCAGAGGGGGGACACCUGAAGAUCCUGAGGGACAAGACAAGGCCACAACAGGGGAGUUUUGGAAAAAGAAAGACGAUGAUAAUAAAGAGUACAACGAAGAAGAGUCAACGCUAGUAUAUCAGGCUCCAAGUGUUGUGGGCAGCACAGGCAGCGAUACAGGCACUUGGAAUUCGUUUGGAACAGAUGGCGUCGAGGCAGAGCCAGAGAAGCCGUCGACUGCCAGCGCCGGUGUACAUGACACAUGCACGAGGAGUAGAACAAACAGCGGGGCAGGGGCGGGCCAAAGUAUGAGAGGUAAGAAGACGAAGAGAUGA